UGGCGUCCCACGCACCAUGCGACAGUGGGCGGGGCUCUGUUGCCUGAGUAACCGGAUGAUGGUGGUGGUGGUGGUGUCUUCCUGUCUCAACGAUACCUAUUUUCUAGUGCUGAGAUCCUGAGACAAUGAAUCAUAGUGAAAGAUUCGUUUUCAUUGCAGAGUGGUAUGAUCCAAAUGCUUCACUUCUUCGACGUUAUGAGCUUUUAUUUUACCCAGGGGAUGGAUCUGUUGAAAUGCAUGAUGUAAAGAAUCAUCGCACCUUUUUAAAGCGGACCAAAUAUGAUAACCUGCACUUGGAAGAUUUAUUUAUAGGCAACAAAGUGAAUGUCUUUUCUCGACAAUUGGUGUUAAUUGACUAUGGGGAUCAAUAUACAGCUCGCCAGCUGGGCAGUAGGAAAGAAAAAACGCUAGCCCUAAUUAAACCAGAUGCAAUAUCAAAGGCUGGAGAGAUAAUUGAAAUAAUAAACAAAGCUGGAUUUACUAUAACCAAACUCAAAAUGAUGAUGCUUUCAAGGAAAGAAGCAUUGGAUUUUCAUGUAGAUCACCAGUCAAGACCGUUUUUCAAUGAGCUGAUCCAGUUUAUUACAACUGGUCCUAUUAUUGCCAUGGAGAUUUUAAGAGAUGAUGCUAUAUGUGAAUGGAAAAGACUGCUGGGACCUGCAAACUCUGGAGUGGCACGCACAGAUGCUUCUGAAAGCAUUAGAGCCCUCUUUGGAACAGAUGGCAUAAGAAAUGCAGCGCAUGGCCCUGAUUCUUUUGCUUCUGCGGCCAGAGAAAUGGAGUUGUUUUUUCCUUCAAGUGGAGGUUGUGGGCCGGCAAACACUGCUAAAUUUACCAAUUGUACCUGUUGCAUUGUUAAACCUCAUGCUGUCAGUGAAGGACUGUUGGGGAAGAUCCUGAUGGCUAUCCGAGAUGCAGGUUUUGAAAUCUCAGCUAUGCAGAUGUUCAAUAUGGAUCGGGUUAAUGUUGAAGAAUUCUAUGAAGUUUAUAAAGGAGUAGUGACCGAAUAUCAUGACAUGGUGACAGAAAUGUAUUCUGGCCCUUGUGUAGCAAUGGAGAUUCAACAGAAUAAUGCUACAAAGACAUUUCGAGAAUUUUGUGGACCUGCUGAUCCUGAAAUUGCCCGGCAUUUACGCCCUGAAACUCUAAGAGCAAUCUUUGGUAAAACUAAGAUCCAGAAUGCUGUUCACUGUACUGAUCUGCCAGAGGAUGGCCUAUUAGAGGUUCAAUACUUCUUCAAGAUCUUGGAUAAUUAGUGGUGUGGAAAGUAAAGAAGUCACAGGUUGGGACAUUUAGACAAGAGUGAAUCACACACAUGAGGAAUGUGUUCAUUCUUUUAUUGUCCAUUGUUUUAACCUGACUGAAUACAAGAUCAACAAGAGCACUGUACUCCUGGCAAUUAUUACAUAUGUUAGAACAUGGAUUUUGCACUGUAGACAACAUUUAACACCAGUCUAUGGGGUACUGCAUUGCUUUUUAUAAAGUUCAAAAUAAAGAUUUAUUUUCAAACAA